GCCUAACGCAACGGUUGUCUAUCAAAUCGACGGUCUAUUCACCCGCAGAGAGCUCGAAAUGAUCAAACAAGCCAUGGAUAGCAUAUCUUUCAUUUCGUGCGUUCGGUUUGAGGAAAGAACGAACGAAGCAGGCUACGUUCGUAUAACUUCUGAGGACUCCGGUUGCUGGGCUGACUCUGGUCGGUCGUCACAAAGAUCACAACUCAAUCUUGGUCCCGGAUGUUUUGCCACUAAUGGAACGACACUUCACGAGUUCAUGCAUACGUUGGGCUUUCUGCACCAGCACACCCGUCCCGACCGAGAUCGGUACGUUCAGGUGAUGUACGAAAAUGUAAUUCAAUAUCCAGAGAUUCUAUUCAACUUUGAAAUCAUCGAUCCAUGGACGGAUUCCGCAUUCCCGUUGCCCUAUGACUUUGACAGUAUAAUGCACUAUGGACCGUCUAUGUACAGCAGGGAUCCUCAUCGACUGGUAACCAUAGCAUCCAGAAAUCCAAUGGUGACUGCGAUAGGCCAACGAGAUCAUCUCAGUGAACUCGAUAUCGUUGCAAUAAACUUUCUUUAUUGCGUCUGAAUGACAACGUCUUCCGCA